UAAUCCAUGUGAAAAAUCCAAAUAUUCAAUUAGACGUAUUCAGAUCAAAAUAAAUCUGAAACCUCUUCUAUGUUGAUUCGAAAAUUUUAACAUAAACCCUAAAACAUCUUUCCUCUUUCUUCUUUGCGAUUCACUCUAAAAUUUCAGUGAGCAACCAAAGAGAUUCCUACAGUAGCUCGCAAUACGUUGCACGGUGGUGCCACCACUGCGCUGGUGGAUUUGAUAUCGAAAUUUUUUUGAAACUUGGAGAAAGACAUUGGUUGCGGUCAUGCUACCUAUGGGAAGCCUGGGGUGAAGGUCCACUAGGUUUGGUUUAUUCUUCAGCUGUCGCAUAACACAGGCUUCACAAUUAUAUUUUAUCUUUGUCAAAAAUCGAACUUGAUCAAUUUCAAAGAACAAAGGAGUUUUUGAGUGAAAGCAUAACAAAGAAGAAGAGUUUGUGCCUUAGAGAACAACACCAAAAUGUCGGUGCUGAUUGUGACGAGCUUAGGGGACCUUGUUGUCGAUUUGCACACCAACAAAUGCCCCUUGACCUGCAAAAAUUUCUUGAAGCUUUGCAAGAUUAAGUACUAUAAUGGGUGUUUAUUUCACACUGUUCAAAAGGAUUUUACAGCUCAAACUGGCGAUCCAACUGGCACAGGAACUGGUGGUGAUUCCGUUUACAAGUUUCUUUAUGGCGAUCAAGCUCGAUUUUUCAGUGAUGAAAUUCAUAUUGAUCUUAAGCAUUCUAAAACUGGAACAGUUGCCAUGGCAAGUGCUGGGGAGAACUUAAAUGCUUCACAGUUCUAUAUCACACUGCGAGAUGACCUUGACUACCUCGAUGGCAAGCACACAGUCUUUGGUGAGGUAGCUGAAGGAUUUGAGACUUUAACUAGAAUAAAUGAGGCUUAUGUGGACGACAAAGGAAGACCAUAUAAAAAUAUAAGAAUCAAGCACACAUACAUCCUGGAGGAUCCUUAUGAUGAUCCUUCUCAACUAUCGGAGUUCAUUCCUGAAGCUUCUCCAGAAGGAAAACCUAAAGAUGAGGUUGAUGAUGAAGUACGACUUGAAGAUGAUUGGGUGCCCAUGGAUGAGCAAUUAAAUCCAGCAGAACUUGAGGAGGUUAUCAGAUCAAAGGAAGCACAUUCUAGGGCAGUUGUACUUGAGAGUAUUGGGGAUAUUCCUGAUGCUGAGAUUAAACCUCCUGACAAUGUAUUGUUUGUCUGUAAAUUGAACCCAGUUACUGAGGAUGAGGACUUGAAUACUAUAUUUUCUCGCUUUGGAACUGUAUCAUCGGCAGAAAUCAUCCGAGAUCACAAAACUGGUGACAGUUUAUGCUAUGCUUUCAUAGAAUUUGAGGACAAACGGGCAUGUGAGGAAGCAUAUUUUAAGAUGGAUAAUGCUUUGAUUGAUGAUCGAAGGAUACAUGUGGAUUUUAGUCAAAGUGUGGCAAAAUUGUGGUCCCAAUACAGGCGGAAAGAUCAAAAGGGUAAAGGUGGAGGAUGCUUCAAAUGUGGCUCUACAGAUCAUAUUGCCAAGGACUGCACUGGAGAUGCUACAAUGAAACAACCACAAACAAAAUACAUUUUAAAGGAUGAUAAUACCCAACGUGGUGGAGAUAAUUCGAGAUAUGACAUGGUUUUUGAUGGAGAUGAUAACCCAGAAAGUCCAAGGCAAGAUGUAAAACACCGAAAGCAUGACAGGGAUGACCCAGUUGAGAGAAAAGUUAGGGAAGAAAAUUUUAAAGAUCAUAGAAGUAGUAGGCAUCAGGAUACGGUAAGAGAUAGGUACGGUGAUAGAAGCAGAGAGCAUGGGGGAAAUGGAGAAAACAAAGCACGAUAUGACAGAGGUGCAAGAGAUUUGGAUUCGAAUGCUGACAAGAAAGACAGAGAUAGGCACAAGGGUAGACAUGGAAAUGAUUACAGGUGGAAAGUUGAUCAUGAAUCUAGAAAAGAAGAGGAUGAUGGCUACAAGCGUAAAGAUGAGCGAGACUCUGGAAGAAGAUACGAAGAAGAUAACUACAAGCAUAAAGAUGAGCGAGACCCUAGAAGAAGAGAUGAAGAUGAUAGGAGAAACACAGAUUCUAGCCAUUUGGAGAGAAGGAAUGACAGAGGUUAUAGGAAGAGACCUGAAGACAGUGGAAAGCAAGAUGUGAAGAUUGAUUCUGGACGAAGAAAGAGAAGUCCAGGUGAUGAUGAUUACAAAAAUGGAAGGAAAGAUGAAGAUUACAGACAUAGAAAGGAAGAACGAGGGUAUAAAAGGCAAGAUAUUGAAGCUGAUGAGGAUCACAAACGUAGAAGGGAGGAUGGAGAUUACAGACAUAGAAGGGAGGAACGUGGACACAAAAGACAACAUGUUGAAGCUGAUGAUUAUCCUCAUAAGAGGCAUCAUGGUGACAGGAGAUGAUUAUUGGUCUCACUAUAUCCUAAUGCUAAGCACAGAACCUUUGAACGACUAUUAUGUAUGUCCCUUUUGCCUCAGGUUUUCAGGUGAAGCUAGAUAUUUAUGUUUUAGAACAAGGUUUUGAAUGGCUUUAGAAAACUCAGUUUCAUGUUUGGUGCCUAACAUAGCAAUUUAUUUUUUUGACAAAUAUUGUGGUUUCAUAAAUUGUUAGAUGGUGUUUGACUAAACGCAGCAUUACUAGUGUUACAUGGGAUGUAAUAACAAAACAGUUCACGCAUGGAUUGGAGAGGACUGCAGAAAAGCAUGUUGCAGAGGGCUUAUUUAUGUAAUCCGUGAUUUCUGAUCUGAGCUAGGGUUAAAGUCAAAAUUGUUUAUGUAAUACAUUUGUAGAUUACGUCAUUAGAAAUGCACUUAUGAACCUGAAAAUAUUUUUUGAUUGCAUAACAUAGAAAUAUAUUUUGGAUGAUUCAA